AGUCGGUACUGUGGUCUGCUCCAUUUAACAGUGACAUCUCUGCAACUUUAGUUUAGCACUUCAUUCAUAAUGGCAUUCUAUGCAAAAUCAACCAGAACUUCAUCAAUGUCAACUAGUGGAGGAAAAGGGUUAGUGAUGAAUGGUGAAGGUUUUGGUGAUUUUUAUGAUAGUGGCCAUGGAGGUAGUGAAUUUAGUACUGGCUUUGGAGCAGGUCAGCAGGGUGGAGGAUAUGGUGGAGGGUCUGGUGGAGGAUUUGGUGGAGGGUCCGGUGGAGGAUAUGGCGGAGGAGCUGGUGGGGGAGCUGGUGGGGGAGCUGGUGGAGGAUAUGUAAUAGGUGGUGGGGGAUAUACUGGAGGAUACGGUGGAGCAGGCGGUGGGGGAUUUGCUGGAGGAUAUGGUGGAGCAGGCGGUGGGGGAUUUGCUGGAGGAUAUGGUGGAGCAGGCGGUGGGGGAUUUGGUGGGGGAGGAUUUGGUGCAGGUGGUGGUCUACUUGCUACCAAUGAAAAACAGACUAUGCAGAAUCUCAAUGACCGUUUAGCGACUUACUUGGACAAAGUCAAGUCCUUAGAGGAUAGCAAUACCGAACUUGAGCUCAAAAUAAAAGAAUGGUAUGAAAAGCAACGUCCAGGUUCCACUACGGGUGCUGGAGGACCAGACUACAGCAAAUAUUAUGAUACUAUUGAGGACUACCGGAAUAAGAUACUUGCUGCAACUAUUGAAAACUCCAAGUACAUUUUGCAGAUCGACAACGCCAGGUUGGCAGCUGAUGACUUCAGACUAAAAUAUGAGAAUGAGUUGGCUUUGCGUCAAAGCGUAGAGGCUGACAUCAAUGGAUUGCGUAGAGUCUUGGAUGAGCUGACCAUGUCCAGGUCUGAUCUGGAAUUACAGAUUGAGUCCCUAACAGAAGAACUAUUAUAUCUCAAGAAGAAUCACAAGGAGGAGAUGGGGUCUCUGGCUGGUGGAGAAUCUGGACAGGUCACUGUUGAAAUGAACGCAGCUCCGGGCAUUGACCUGACCAAAAUCCUAAAUGACAUGAGGGAGCAGUAUGAGAGCCUGGCUGAGAAGAACAGAAAAGAUGCUGAAGCUCAGUUUUUGCAGCAGAGCAAUGAGCUGAAGAAAGAGAUCUCAGCUGGGGUAGCGGAGGUUCAGACCAAGAGUACGGAGAUUACCGACUUAAGGAGAUCACUUCAAAGCUUGGAGAUAGAGCUACAGUCCCAGCUGGCAAUGAAAAAGAGCCUUGAACAGACCUUGGCAGAAACAGAGGGUCGGUACUGCGCUCAGAUUUCCAAACUGAAGGGCAUUAUUGAUGGGGUAGAAGAACAGUUGUCUCAAAUCAGGUUUGACACAGAACGCCAGAGUGAUGAGUACAGACAACUACUGGAUAUCAAAAGCAGGCUGGAGAAGGAGAUUGAGCAAUAUCGCGUCCUACUAGAUGGAGGUGGAGGGUCUUUUGGAAUCUCUUCCUCUUCAUCCACCACUCAAAAGUAUGCAGGUUCAGUGGGAUCCAAAGAUUCAACCAAAACCAGAAAAGUUAUGACGUUCUAUGAAGAUAUAGUGGAUGGAAAAGUUGUUUCAACAUCAAAAACAGAAAAAGUAGAAAAAAUGUAAAACAAAAACAGAAUAGCUUGAUGAUCAGUCAUUGAUUUUGCUUCUUUUUCAUAUGCUUUUGAUUCACUUUUGCAUACCUAUUCAAUAAACUUUUGCAAGCAAGGCAUUCUG